AUGAAGUUUAGAAUAGUGCGAUUUAUCCUGGGAAUAAUCGGUCUAAUAGUAAUCAUUCAAGUGUUAACAACCAUCCAUUUCUCAUCUACACACUGGCCUGAAGAACAUCCCGUUAUUGGAAAUCGUCAUGUAAGAACGGUACGUGGAAAAGCACGUUCACACGUGGGGGCAAAGCAGGUACAUAGGAAGUGAAAUACUAAGACGCAAUCCAUUUAUCCUCAUUGCUACUUUUAAUUUUGUAAAAUUCUGUUUUCAUUUUCCGGUAAGAUAUAAUAUGAUAUCAACAGCUUUGAUUGUGUCAUGAUUUAAUUCUUUAUCCCUUUAGAAUUCGCGUGUGAGAACAGCUAAAUUUGAGCAAUAUCAUUAGCUUAAAUACGUGGCUAAUUAUGUUGUUUAUAGCGGUGUUGUUGUAUUCCGUACAUGAAUAUUGGGAUAUUAAAACUCUCUGGCAGGCCGUUUUGCCCUGUAACCCAAUAAAAAGGCCUUGAUGGAGCUUUACAAGCGAUAUUUUGGUGUAAAGCAGCUAGCUUAUUUCUGGUGUAAAUUAUUCAACGUCGUAAACUGGUGCUCGCUCGGUAGGUGACUCGAUCAUUCAGUGUACAUAGCACGAUCGAUUCUUUCUUCCUGUUAGAAGAAGUAAUAAACUAUGUUUUGGUUUUUGUUUUUUGAUUUGGAACGAUGUGAUUCUAGGAAAGAUGUUAUGAGUAUUUCUUAUCGUAUUUGGCCCUUACAAGGUUAAACUAUUUACAAAAUAUUGGGGUUCGAUUAACGACAAAAUUAUUGCUUCCAUUUUGCAUGCCAUAUUAAGUGCCAUAAGUCAAUGAGAUAUAUUUAGUUUAUCCUAUUCAUGCGGGGUUAAUUAUAGUCUUGUUGUGUUAUAUAUAAAUAUAUAAUCGAUUCGAUCAUAAAGAGGAAAAUAAUUGAUAAUAGCUAUAUGAAGUUUUGAAUGAGUGAUUGAAUAUCAUCAGAUCGAUAUGAUAUAACUAUAAUGGUGACUUUCUUCAAUGAUGAUCAGCUAAUUCUAACAGAGCUUGGAUUUGCAUAGUUUACUCAAUGUAUUUGCAUAUCGCAGCUGGCAGUAGCAAUCGUUUGAUGACUAUGUUUUUGUCAUAGCAUAUAAUAAUGUAUGGCUAUAAAGUUUUGAUCGUGUUGUUGUGACUUCUGUUUUACAAACUUGCAUGUAAAAGUCAAAUAAAUGUCUUUUUUGAAAAAUGAAAGGAUAAGCCUUUAAGAACAAAGAAUAAAAUAACCUCCCAAAAUAGCUAGGACUCAUUUUACCUUAAGUCUCAUAAAUCCUAUUAGAAUAAAACACAUUAACAAUUAAAAACUUCCUUUAAAUUUUUUCAUUUCUAGCAGAGAGUUGUUAGUGGCCAUGUAAAUUUACAUGGUUGAUCAUUUAGAACACAGCAUUUAUUCCUUGUAGUAAUAUCCACACACAAUUAUCCAGACUAAUCUCCAUACAUUUCCUUAAAGAAUAAUAAUGUUAUUAGUAAAGAGAGCAUAUCCCCUUUGGUAAUCAUUUUAUCAAUUCUCAUAACUUUUUGUCUUGAUUUUGUAUCAAUAUUGUGAGGAGAAAGUUGACGUCUAGGUCACCCUUGGGAUUUAAAGGGUUAGGAAAUGUUUUUAAAAUAAAAUUAAUCAAUUUCUUAAUAGAGUUCAAUAAUGGUGACUCUUCAUGGAGUCAACGGACAAAGGAUAUGUUAAUGUAGAAUAAUAAUAUUAAUGAAAUUGCAACAACCAUUCACAUCGUCCCUAGAGAGGGUCUUGUGCUAGAAAAUUCUCCUUAACUUUCCUCAAAUAACCUUCCUCAUAGAUGAAACUAAACUGUGAUAUGAAGCCCAUCUGUGAAACAGCACCGAAAUCCCUGUUAUGGGCCCCCACAUGUGUACUGGGAUUAAAUGAGGACAUGCUAUGAUUGGCCUGUUAAAAAUUAGCCAUUUAUUUUCAAUUUGCCACUCAAGAUUAAAGGUAAUUCGAAACACACUUCUGGUAAUUCAUUGUGUCCGUUGGAGCCUAGAAAGGGAUAUCGGUGCUGCUUCACAGACGUUACUAACCAAAGUUAAAUUACAUCUGCGAUGCAGGCUAUUCCUAAAAUAGUAUUAUAUUAUUAUUGCUUAUUAUUGCUUUGGUGCAUUCACUGGUCAUUGCCUGAGCUUAAUUUUAUCACAUCUGACGCAGGUUUAUUUAACGUUAUUUUGCAUCUUGUGUUUUCCUUGACAGGUUCAUGAGCCAUCAAGAAGACAAGAUGGAGAGCCAGAAAGGGGCCCAAAGCCAUCAUCUUUAGAGGCACCAUUUGUGCCGCCUUGUAAAGUAAAACACAAAGAUGCUCUUUCCGCCCUAAAACGGGUGAAAUCUGAGAGGUGUAAAAGACAAAUUUAUAAGACAGCUUGUCUGUCAGAAGCCAAGCAACUUUAUAAUAUUGAUAUCAAAAGAACUUGCCCUGUUCCUCGUGAAAAAGGCAGCCCAGCAAAGUGGAUUGAUGUUGCUAAAACACCUUACGGAAACCCAAUAAGAAUUGCAUAUGUUGUGACAGUCCAUGGAAGAGCAUUUAGACAAGUCAAGAGAUUGUUCAAGGCUCUGUACCACAGCCAUCACUACUUUUUCUUUCACAUUGAUACUGUAAGUAGAUACACUCAACUGAUACUGGCAGCAGAGGCAAAUAAUUAGCAAUUGUUGGACGGGGUUGAGCAAAAUAUCGUGAUUUGUCAGUGUCUCGUAGAUCAAUUAUUUGCCAAAGCUGACAAUAUUUUGCGAUAACGGAGUUCAAUAAUUGUUUUAUCAUUCGAUCACCGAGUUUGUUUUUUAAGGAAUAUCUUUGGGAAGCGAAGCGAUCUGCCAUUUUUAAGCACAGCGAUCGCAAGAAGGAGAAAAGCGUGGUUUCAUCUACGCAUGAGCAGAAUAGUAUUUGCAGCCAAAAACAGUUGAACGACAUUGUACGUGAGCACACCAUUAUUUUGUAGGCAGUUAUUUGCAGGUCAUGUGGUCGGCUCUCGGCCAAUGAAAAGGAAGAAACAUUUGCAUCGAAUGAUAAUUAUCUUUAUGGUAGCAAGAGUAUUAGGGCACAACUUGCAGUCUUAUACAUGGUCCUCAUUUUUCAGUUCAGCAUGAAGCAGAUAUGGAGCACGAGACGUGCGUGACAGGUAAAGUUGCUCCAUGUGCGCUUUGUGCUGGCCUGAAAAAUGCUGAAAAAUAGCACCUGUUCUCAUGCAGUCUAAACUUUCUCUAGCCUGAGACCAGGCUCCUUCCUUGGUUGGGAAAAAAGGAAAAAAUUGGCAAACAAAGUGAGCUGGGUGUGGCUAUAACUUCUCCCAUUAGAUAGCGGGGGAAAAUCUUGUAAUUUCAGUCCCCCUUCCCCCAAAAUGAAGUCAGUCUGUUCAGAGGCUGUAAAAAAGUAUCUCUCAUUUGUCUGACCAGGAUUAUACGGCAACCAAGAUACUGAAUGCAAUGAAAGUUCUCCUAACGGACACUCUAUAACUAGGCAGACAGCUCUACUCACGGUCAUCUUUACAAAACCCUGUUUUUCUCAACUUCCCUACAAACUCUGUAUUUUUACAUUCCUGUAAGGGAACAGUGCCAGUUAUAUGGACACCUUUUUCGCAUCCCGAGGGUGUCUGCUUACAAGAGCUUCCACUGUACUAAUUGGCUAUUGAACAGUUAAGAAAAACAUGCAUGCAUUUAAUUGCAACUGUUGGGUCUGCCUUUCUUCAGAGGUCAGAUUAUCUUCGUAGAGAAAUUUUAAAGAUGAUACGUAAUUUUCCGAAUGCUGCUGUUGCACCCUGGAGUUUGGCAACAAUAUGGGGUGGAGCCAGUUUGCUGAAAAUGUUACUCAGAUGCAUGGAGGACUUAAUGGCAAAGAAAGAUUGGAAAUGGGACUUCUUUAUCAAUCUGAGUGAAUCGGACUAUCCCAUCAAGUAAGUUAGAACCAUCUUUUAUGUAGCAAAGUAAUGCCACAGGAAUGUACUAGCUGCUUGUUAGCUUUCAUGUGCUUGUUAGUUUUAGGAUUCUCAUCAACUGACUUAAAAGUUAUCGCCACCUUGUGCAGCAUACAUGUAAUAAAAUGCAUAAACAGAAAGUACUGAUCGGUAUCUCUUCAUUUAAAAUGGUCACACUUAAAGAUUUCGUUUACAGAGUCUAAAGUUAGAACCACCUUGUACAGCAUGAUAAUAAACUCUACCACAGGAAAGUACUGUACUGCUCAGUGUGAGCUUUCAUUUGAACGGUUGCACUAGCUGCAGGAUUUUAUCCACAAACUCAAAAGUUAGAACCACCUUUUACAGCAUAAUAAACUAUACUAAACGGAAAGUUCCACUCAGUAGCUUUCAUUUGAAUGGUCACACUUUAGGAUUUCAUCGACAGACCCAAAAAUUAGAACCACCUUUCAUUAUUAUUUUGACUGGGUGCAAUGAAUCCUGAACUUACGUGUUUGCAUAAAUCAAACUGUACAGUGUAAUGUAUUUAAUGAAAAGCUUGAUAUUGUGUUCUUGUUUUCAGGCAUAAUUCUGAACUGGUAGAAUUUUUAAGGGCUCGUCGUGACUACAACUUUUUAAAACCACAUGGAAGAGAACUCGCAAGGUUUGUAGCAAAUUUAAAUAUUGCGCUGGUCCAUUGAAAAAGUAAAGAUCAUACCUGUAGUUUUUGGGGAACUCAGUUUCCACGCUAGACAGUUUUAAGAAAACGGAGACUGGCGUUACUUGGCAUUGGAGAAGUGCAAAUAUCGAAAUAAAAUUAACAUGCAAUGAUGCUGUUGAUUAUUCAGGCAAAGAAAGAACCGAAGAAGACUGUAUAGUUCGUAGUGUUGAUGACUAUUAAACUGCUGAAAAUUCGUGUAUGAUUGCUACAAUUUAAGGGACCAAAAUCUUGGGCAUUAUUGUUGAAACGCUUGCAGAAUGUUUUGGCUGUUCCUCCCUCAGUGUUGAUUUGAGGAGUUUAUCACAUCGCCAACUAGUGAAACCAACGUUUGGGUCAAGAAAUGUUAUGUCUUAGAUAGUAGCCCUUCUUGUGUUCGCGUUACAGACGGGUGCAAUCACCAAAUGACGUAAUACAAAACAUUGAAAAGACACGGAACAAUUUCCGCGUCACAACCAACACAAAAGCGAGCCAACAAUGGUUUCCACAACACCAAGGAACACCCUCUAUAAUAUUGAUAAGUAAGCCACCUUAAUCUGAGCAUAGCUAAGAGUUUUUAAACUUAAAAGUACUUAUUAUAUGAAAAAUGACACGAAUUUUAACCUCUGUUUGUCUCUCUUUAGGUUUAUUAAAAAGCAAGGCUUGGACAGAACUUUUCUGGAGUGUGAUGAGCACAUGUGGCGGCUCGGUGAAAGAAAGCUCCCCCCAGAAAUUGACAUCGAUGGAGGAAGUGAUUGGAUCGCAUUAAACAGGAAGUUCUGUCAGUUCUUAGUGACGUCAAGAGAUCCUCUGGUGACAUCACUCAAGCACAUGUAUGGAUACUCAUUGCUGCCUGCCGAGGUAACAAUUUUCGUAGCUUUCUUGUUACUUUGGAUUUGAUUGUCACACGCAGAGAGUCAAGUGAAAUGACUGAAAAACGACAGGAACCAAGUCCUUAGGUGUACACGUAAAGCUGUAUGUUUAAAGGACUUGUCCGUCAUAUAGGGUCGUCCAUUCAGGGAAAGCUAGCCUGCGUAGCAGGCGCUUGGAAGUAGUGGGCACAAGAAAAAACGGGCGCGCGAGAAGGAGACACGCAGUACGUUUAGUAUUGAUGUAGACGAGAAAUACGGGUCGUGAAGAACCUGGUUCGGCUAGGAGGAAAGUGCGUGCACCUGGCCGGGUUUUGCCGUUUGUGAUAAUAAAAUUUAUUUUUAUAACGCGUGCAGUUCGGGCUUGCGGUUUUGUUUCAAAGUUAAUGCGGACACCAACAUGAGAUAUGUACACGGCAUAUAAAGGUUGCUCGAGAUUCAUCCGUGCUUUGAUCGCACUCGCUGAACGAGAAUUUCGAUAAAUCUAUGGACCUCGCUACGCUCGGGCCUUCAUCCCUCCCUUCACGAGGUAUUUUAGUGGGAACACCGUAGUCCUGUCGUGUGUAAAUUGAGCAUCGCGUUGUAUCGAAUGUUCACCUUGACUCUGAUGAUGUCAGAGAUAAUGACUUUCCCAACAGGUCACUAUAAGUCGCUAUCAGCAGGAGCACAGUCACCCAUGUGAUAAAAUUGAAUAUAGACGUAACUUCAACCAUUAACCCGUAUAAAACCUAGUUAAUCACUCGACAUGCAGCCAUAUUAGACAGUCCAUAUUUUUUUCCUUUGCAGUCGUUUUUUCACACGGUGCUUAGAAAUGGUCCUUACUGUGAAACGUUCAUCCGAACCAACUUACGUCUCACUAACUGGAAACGCAAGCUGGGUUGUCGCUGUCAGUAUAAACAUAUCGUAGACUGGUGCGGUUGUUCCCCUAACGACUUUAAACCCGAGGACAUGGCCAGGUUAAAGGUAGCAACAUUUUUACUUUAUUUCUUACCGUAAAUCUUCUAUUAAGCCCCUCUUCUCAAAUAAGCCCCCUCCCCCCUUUUGAGGGGAAGAAAGUUAAUAAGCGCCCCCUCCCCUCCCGCUCAUUAUUUUUCACUAAUAAAUGAUAGCCGGUAUUCAUCAAUUACGACUGCAAAACUUCGUGUGGACUGAUCCAGGAUGGUUUUUUCACCAACUGGAAGUACAGAUUUGCUUUGCAUGACCUGCAACCCUUGUACUUAAGCUUUUCCACUUUGCAUUCUAGUUUUUAUGGAGAACUGAUAACAUCGUCUUUGCCAAGUUAAAUAAGUCCCCUUCUCUAUUAAGCCCCCCCCCCGCUAACCUGUUUGACAGACAUAAGCCCCCGGUGGGGUGGGGGGUGGGGGGCGGGGGGGAUUAAUAGAGGAUUUACGGUACAUUCAUCUCAACCUGCUAGCAGAGUCUUCUCUCAAAAGACUCUUUAUGAAUCAAGUAAGGUCGUUGUUGAGCAUGCGCUGCUUGUCGCUGGGAUACAGUUUCGAACCCAGGCCUAAUAGCCUUGCGCUGGAUACAGCGGGCACAGUUUUGAUCAUCGGUUUAUCAAUAAACGGUUGCUCGCACUCGGAAAACCAGUUUGACGAGAGAAAACAAGAUUGACCAGUCCAGAAGUUCGGGUUCUGUUACAGUUGGGAUUCUUUACUUAUAUUGAUCAUUAUUAACUUAGUAGCACGCUUUUAAUCACCAUGCGGUUAUCAAAAAUGAGCCUUUUAAAACGUACUUUACUGGCAAUACUAUUUGCCGUUCGCAUUUAAACCCAGUCAACAAAUUACUUUUACAAGGUGACUUUUCUUUGUUGUUAACCUGGUUCACACUUGAUCGCCACACUGCUACGAUCACUGAAAAAUAAGUUCAGAGAUCGUAGUGAUUAAACACGCAUCGAAAACAACUGUUCAACGAUCACGGCUAUUGUUACUAACAUAAUCGGCAAGAUAUACGUCAGUUCUAUUAAUGUUUUUUAGCGCUUCUAUGAUUGCUGCGCCCGUUUAAAUCGCUUUACUCUUUUCGGCCAUCGUAGCUUUCAUAUAACAACUAGGAUAUGGGUGCAUUAGGUAAAAAGAAAGCUUUUGUAAACCUAUCUUGCUAAAAUAUAUUUGACUUUCGUUUUGUUUUAGAGCCAGUCAACAAAUUACUUUGCGCGGAAGUUUGAAGCUAUUGUCAAUCAAGAAGUUAUAAACCAGCUGGACUCAUGGUUGUACGACCCGUACCCUGCCAACACUCAAGGACUGAACUAUUAUUGGGAAAAUAUGUACCACCACGAAGACUCCAUCACCAAAACGAGCGACGUGUUCGCGACAUUUUACCAGGCUUUUGUUCGAGUAGGGUUAAAAAGCUUGAAAACGCCUUCUGUUCAAGGUAGCCACAGUCGUAAAUGUCUCCCAGGAGGGACCGGAAUCAUCAAAGAAGUUACGAUUCUAAACCAGCAUGAUCAGCUCGGUGGAGUUCUAGCAUUGUACGAUGUUGACGUACUUAGCAGUAGUGGACAGAAACGUACUGUAACCAUGGAAACGUGGUUGGCACCCUUAAGUCAUGAGGAGCUCUUAAAUUUGAAUAUAAGCAACGGGCCGCAGCGACUUGUGGGAUUAGAGGUAAUGAUAAAUGCAGAUUCAAGCUCUCUGAUAAAGUUUUUCUGAAAAGCAAAAUUUGUUGGAAUCUAUUUUUCUCUCUUGCUUUCAUUAGCUUCUUUUCUCCUUGUCGCAUAACAUAAAUUAAUGUGUCGUCAGAUGUUUAUAUCUUUCAUUAUUUUUUAAAAGCUUCAAGUAAUUAAUCAUGGUCAUUACAGUAAAGUAAACGUCUGUGCAUGUCUGUUGUGUUCGGCGUAAAUUUUCAAUUGUAUUUUGUGGAUAGCACCACUAUAAAUUAAUCUAGUUCUGUCUUAGUUACUUUGGAAACCGGAAUAUCUAGGUUGCAAUAACAGACGCAUUUCUUUUUUUACCCACGUUAAAAGCGUCUGUUUUUGCAGGGUGGCAAACAUCAAUAAUUUCAGGAACAUUUCGUUGAUCAGUUAUCGCUCUGUACUGGAGGCAACCUAGUGUAUUGUUCAAAACAUUGCAUCAGCAAUCUAAAGUUCCCUGGUAGGAUUAAAGUCUUACUGAGAUCACUAACUGGAUUCGCUCUCGGUACUCCCGAGUUGACCACUCUUGUGAAAAAAACUAACUGGUCACUGACUGAUUGUUGAUUCCUCAAUUUCAGGUGGGAACCAUUUGGGACCAAAAGGAGAGGGUCUUUCGCAACUUGGCUCGGCUCAUGGGUCCCUGGGAUGACCCUGUUUUGGUCCAUCGCUGGGUACACGGCAAGGAGUUUGAUAUUAAAAUUAUGUGGGUGGAUCCUAUCAAUGUUGUAACAGGAAUUUACGAAAUGCGCGUCGUUGAAAACUGGGUGGUUUCAUUCCACAAGCCAACGUUCAAGAAACCGAUGAGACCUGGUAAAUGGACCAUCAAAAUGAUCUUCUCACACAAGGGUGAAGAUAUGGUUAUUGGUCAAACCAGUUUCUUAGUCAUACCUAUGUCCGUCUCCAAAGGAGAGCCAAUCAGAUCGCAGGACGCUACAGCGGCGAACAGUGGUCCCCCAGGGGGGAUUUACAACACUAAUGAUUUUUUAAUAGAGUUCGAUCGCGAAGCGAACAACACAGAGGCGCUGGCCAAAAAGGCUGCGGAAAACUCCAGAAAAUUUGGACAAGAACUUGAUGACUGGAUCGACAGUGAAGUGGAGUACUUUUGGACAGUAGAAGCUUCUUGUGUAAUUAGCGGGAAUCUAGAAGGGUGUAGUCAUAUACUUCCUUGUAAAUCAACAACGUGGAGUUCAAGGUCACCCGACCCUAAGUCAGAAAUAGGGAAAGUUAAACCCAACGGCAGACUACGUUAGUUAGUGACUUCGCCUUAGGUUCUUUUUUUUUUUAAAUUUUAAAUUAUUGUUGAAAUUUAUAAAGUAAUAUGGAAAGGGUUACUGUCAAAAUUUGACAAGUGGUUGGAAGUAUAGAAUUUAGUCGUGUAUUUAUUGUAUUACGUUAACCUUUUCAAUCUUAUAGGUGGCCACAGUAAAAAAAAGUACAGAAAAUCCUAUUUUAGGGAUUUAAAAUGAAAGUAAUAAUGGCGCCAUGCAACGCCAAAGAAAUUUAAUUUUGAUUGUCAAACCAUAAGCUUUUAUCCACAGACUCAAGAGUUAGAAUCACAUUGUACAGUUUAAUACUAAACAUUACCACAGGAAAUUUAUACUCAGUAGCUUUGACUUUAUCAGCUUCACUUGACUCACGUUCUCAAAUUCAGAAUCCUCAUUCAGUUUUUCAGUCUAUUGUUUUCCGACAGAGUUUUGGAUUUGCAUUGACGCAAGAAACUCGCGCCGUUUCCUCGAAAGUAAGAAAUUAACUAGUAACAUAACUUUUGCUGCAUUUUCUUCCUCGACCUUUUCCCUUAAAGUUGUAUUUACCUUACAGUUAUCUUUCUCUAAGGCAAAAUUGAUUGGUCUGGCACCAAGUUAAGCGUCCCUCAGCUUUUCACCUUAAAUACAUGUAAAGUCAAAGAAAACGACUUAAGAACCGCAGAGACUAACUCUAGGUGUUUGUUUUAGUUAGUAGUCCAUGCUAUAAAAGAGGUGUCGGCUAAGAGAGAGUUGAUUGUAUUUUUAUUGUGCUCGUCUUUCUCAUAACCAAUACUUGAAUAACACCAAGGAAAGUUAGCACCUAAUAGCUCAGCUUUCAUUUGAAUUGUUGCACUUCUAGACUUCUUCGACUGCCGGUACAAAAGUUAAAGCUCCAAAAUUUUUAAAAGACCGACAGUAGAUAAAACUAGGCGGUCAACUCUUUCUUAUUGGAUGAGAAUUGUUAGUCGUAUAGAAAGUCAAAGAUAAUAGAUUUUAAAACAAAAACCAACGAGCAAAAAAGGGAGCUCUAGAAGCGACGACGGCGACGGCAUUGGGAACGUCAAAAAACUAAUAAGUUUACUAAGCAAAACAACAAUCGUGCAGCACGCUUUUGGUACAUUUUCUAGCCAUUCCUGCACGACUACAACGAGAAAUUUCCUUAUGCGACGUUUUGUGGAGGACGUAAACACAUAAAGAAGAAUUUUUCUUUUCUUUUCUAGUCUUCGUUUCCGUCUCCAAGAAUUCAACUCCAGGGAAAUUCAGCUACAUUGAGUAAACGCCACCGUCGCUUUCUUUGUUGCUAAAGCUCCCUAUCGCUCGAAAAUGGUGCGACCAACUUUAAGUGCUGAUUUUCGGGAGUUUAUAGGUCACAGUUAACAGUUAUGCUUAUUACUGAGCUUUCUAUAAAUUGUUUACGUGCAUUGUAAAGAGAUAAAUAGAUGAACUCUUAACGCCGACUUGGAUCAGGAGCCCAUUUGUUCUUUAUAACAACAGUUUGUUCAAACAAUAAAUUUUUACAGAAUUAUUUUGUUGAGACCCUAGACAUUCUCGAAGUCCUUGGUGGUAAUAGAAGGGUUCCCGAGCCUCGUUCGCGCUCGGGUUUUGACGGUUUUAUUCUUACUUUUCGUGCUCCUCUUUGGUGAGCUAGUUUGUUGAGACAUUCGUGGGCCCUAUUAUAACGAAAAAAUUUAGGCCUCUUCCUCACGUAUCCGUUUUUGUCUAAAAACGGAUAUUUUUUUUCUCCGGUUUGGUCUACCGUGCACACCUAUCCGUUGAAAACGGUCAUCGAAAACGCAUCUUUUUAAAAACGCACUCCAGAGUGGAGAUUUUUGAAAACGCCGGCUUUUCGUUUGUUUAUGAACGGACGAAAACGAAGGUUUUGGAAUACGAUGAUGUCAUACUUUUUAUAUUUCUAGCAUAACGCAUGCUCAAUAAGGGAUGCUAUCGUAUUUCCAUCGUUUUAGCGUUUUCGUGUGGACGGGCGAAAACGAUUCGAAUACGCUUCGUGUGGAUGCGUAUUUCUUUGAAAACGGAGAAAAAAAAUCUCCGUUUUCACGUGUGGACGGGGCCUCAGUUAAGCGGAAGUCUGAAUCGUGCUAUUGCAAAUAUGAAUCUUUUGAAAAAUUAAGGUAAAAAUAAUGGUAAUUGAACUGAGUGGAGUCCAAUUUGGUCUAAAAUCAUACUUGUGAUUUCAAAAUCAGACAAGCGCGCACGACGCUAAGUUCAAUUACCACUUUGUUACAGCCAUUUUGAAAUCGCAGAAUUCAGUCGCUACCAAUAUGUUAUAGAUCAAGUGGCCGGUUUGUUGAACAGCGGAAACAAAAAGGCUUCUACAUCUCAUUUUGUAUUCGAAACAGAAAUGAUGCGAUAUAGAGCAAAAAUGGUGCGAUUUUAAACAGAAAUGACCCGAUUUAGAACAUGACUGACGCGAUUUCGAACAGAUGUGAUUUAGAGCAAAAAUAGUGUGAUUCGUGAAUAAAUCACACUGCUUUGAGCCAAUCAGAUUGCAGGGAUCACCACUGAUUUUAAAAUGGAUAUAAUAAAGGCUCUUAUGCUACGUCAUACUUCCCUCGCCAAUCCAUCUUGUACUUUAUCAACUGAUUUUCGAGACCCAUGGAAUUUUAACUAGAAUUUAAGGGCCAAUGAAAGUCUUUCAUUCGCAACUUUAAUCUGCUGCGUACAGAGGUCUUCCAGGGUCGUGUCCACACUUUUCCGGACAUUUUGAUAAACGGAAAUUUUUCCCUCUUUCCUCAACGCAGGUUGUGUAACGUCUUCGUAGGGACCUGAGGAAACGGAGGUUUUCGAAUACGAUGCAGACUGUUAAGUUGACAGCUACCUAUUUUCCCGCAAGAUCGCCGAGAACGAGCGCUACAGGCGGCCAUCUUGACCGAGUCUAGAUUGAAAAUGACCAUAUCUCAUCUACUCAAAGGGCUGGGUGCGGUUUAAAAAGGAACGAAAAAAUUCAUAUCUUUCACGCCUCUUUCCUAGACCGCUAUAAAACCCAACACCCACCCCUUGGUACAUUUGAACACAGUUACAAAACGGCUGUCAGCGACGGCCUCGACAAUCUUAAGGAAAUAUAGGGAACUGUGAACAGUUUAAAUACGAUGAGGUUUAUGCAUCUUUAAAUGCAUCCGUAUACUACUAGCAAUA